AUGAGCAAUACUAUCUUUCGGUUGAAGCGUGUGUUGAAAGAAAAUGAGAGCUUGAGGAACAUCAAACGCUCUAUGCGCAGCGACAAGUACCAAAAGCAAACCUUGAAGUGGUUCCACGACACAAGCGUGUUUGCUCAGUUCAACUUGAAGGAAUUUUGCAACAAUGUGCGACCUUUGGCGGCGAAGAACCCGAGUUUUGUGAAGGCGUUACGUGUAUUGUGCGAGCCGGAGAGUGUGAACGCUUUCGUAGUAGAGUGGAAGAACAAGCACGGGGAGUUGAUGCGGAAUAACGGGUGGCGUUGCAACUAUAGUUCUUUAUUAGGUGCUUGUCGAGGUGGUGUGCGUUUCCAUCCUUCGGUGAAUCAGGACGUGAUAGUGGCGUUGGCGUUUGAGGUGAGUGUGCAGAACGCGUUGACGAAUUUACCGAUGGGUGGGUGCUUCAUGGGGAGCGACUUUAAUGCGAGAAUUUGCUGCGAUGCGGACGUCCAAUCGUUUUGCAACGCUUUUGUGGUAGCGGUUCGAAAAGAGUUGCCUGCAAACUGGCCGUUGGAUAUAACCUGCGACCUGGGUUGCGGUCCACGCGAGUGUGCGAUGUUAGCUGCCGCACACGCGGGAGUGGUUAACAGCGCAACCGGGAAGCCCUUUCCCCAGGUCGUAGGACGGCCCGCAGCUGCAGGACUAGGAGCUGUGGAGUUUGGUAAGCUAUUCUGCCGUAUCCCUUCCUUCGACAAGACUCGUUGUCUCGUUUCGGGCAGCGGAGACUGCGCCCUGACGGUGGCCCGAAACCUGAUCGCCGAGGGUGCCGUGGUACUAACACUGUCGGACUCGUCAGGCUUCGUCCACUGCGCCACGGGCAUCACGUAUCUACAAUGGCAGCGUAUCAACGAACACCGACAAUACCGCAUUCCGCUAAGAGACAUCGUCAGUGAAGACGGCUGGCUGCGAGGCCUCGUCUGGCGAGCCGGUGACAUCUGGCAACAAGGAAUUUCUGCCGACUACGCUUUUCCCUGUGCACACGAACUUGAAAUCGAUAUCAAGGAAGCCGAAGUCCUAGCAGACCGUUCUAAAAUUAAAGCAGUCCUCGAAGUCAGCUAUACCGCCACCUCUGACGAUGCACAAAGCUAUCUCGUCUAUCGCAAAGUCAAAAUCGCGCCCAGCAAAGCCGUCAACGCCGGCGCCAUGGUCGCUCUGGGUAUGCAUCUCGCUGAAAAAAUGGACAAGGCCGAAUUCGAACACGAAAUUAAAUCUUUCAUGAGCUAUCUCCAUGACCAAUGUAGAAGUGUCUACGACUCAUACUACCCAGACAUCUACUUCAAGGAAGCUGUCGAUAUUUGUGCACUGCUCAAACUGGCUAAAAUUAUGAAGGAAAAGGACAUAAUUUAA